CCCGCCCCCUCUCCCCGCCCCGAGUGUACCCCUUGCCAUCCCCGGCCCCGUACAGACACGAUCACAAAAACCUACCCACUCGCGCUCGGGCCUCCCUGAUACCAAAGACACCAAUUUUCGACCUUGCUAUACCCCACUAUACCGCAUACCCCGACGCCUUGGAAUUAUGGCUGCCGUGACUUCUGCAUCGGCCUAUCCUCCCCUCGCAUCAUCUACCAGCCCGCUCGACUACGGCUACACAUCCUCUGUGUCGCCUCCCUUGCAGGGACAAGAUGGCCGUGUCACCACCCCUCUCGCGGCUCCACCGCCCCCGCCACUCCACAUGUCCUCUCACCGGCAUGUUCCGGGGCCAGAGAGGCAGAUAAGGUAUGCUGGCGCAGACCAUACGUUGGGUCCGACUUUUAGCGAGGAAGAGGAUGGGGACGACUCGGCGUUUAUCGCGGCCAAGAUGGCGGCACUGGGUUUGGAUCCCAACGGAAACCCCUACAACCAGAAUGGCUAUUCGGGUGCCACACGUGCACCCAAAGAAAGACGUUCUAGGACGCCAGUCGUGUCCCGAAAUCACGAGCCCGUCAACUAUCAGCAGCAGCAGGUCCUCAUCAACCUCCUGUCUCAGCAGGCCAGUCCCUCCCAUAUUCGCGAAGCCAUGGCCUUGCUCGAGUUGCAGCAAGCCCAGCAUGCUGCCACCGACCGUCACUACCAAACUCAGAUGCUAGCGCAACAACAUGCCCGUUCUGCCGCCCAAAGGCAAGCGGAAGAGUACCAGCGCGACUUGUACAUUCAGCAACAGGCUCAGAAGCGAGAGAUGGAGCGAUUGGCCAUUCAGCGUGAAGCGACCAAGAGGCAGUUCUUGCAACAACAGCAAGAGCAGCAAAUGCUCAAGCUCAGAGACCAACGUCUUCAGCAGCUCCAUCUCCAACAACAACUUGCUGCGCUUCAGACCGACGCCUAUCAAGCCCAGGUCCAGGCUCAGCGUCAGAGAUCAGCAUUGGGCGCUCAAAUGACUGCCAAUCUACAGGCGAGACAGGACAGGGCCGCCCAAGGGUGUUGGGCCAUGGGUAUGGACUCGGCCGACUUGCAGUCGAGAUUCGAGUCUGCCCCGCAGUCUGCCAUCAGUCCUACGAGCGAGGACCGUGGUCGCUUCGAGUCUGCCGCCUACUACUCUGGUUAUGAGGCACCUUCUGCUGUCAGCGGCAGCCCUACUUCCCCCUCCUGGCGCUCGUCCGAAUCUUCGUCCCCUACCAAAUCGGUUUCUGCUGAGGGCCCUGUCCCUGCUGUCAAGCCUGGGGGCCGAUUUGCCCGAGCUCGUGCAGCCCUGGAGGCAGAUGGAAAGAGUUCGUACGGGACUUUGAGCGCGGCCCUUUCCAAGCGCUCCUCGUCCGAGGACCACACCUCUGCACCCGCCGAGGUUUCCAUCCCCCCUGCCGAUGGCUCCCACACCACCCCCGCCUCCCCCAUCUCUGAACGCAUCCCCAUCGCCCUCGGAAUUGGUCGUCCCGUCGUGGCGCCCCCCAAAAUUAUUUAUUCGGGCGAAAAGUAUACUCCGAGAGCAUUCAGCUUGCCCCAGGGUGCUCUGGGCGGCCGAGGGGCGCAGGCGGAGGGCAGGUCGGCGAGUUUGCCUGCUGGACAGGUGAAGAGGGUGGUAGUCACUGUGGCGCGCCAGCCUACUGGACCUCCUGGAGAUGUCAAGGACUUGGGAGACAAGAACUUUCAGGCCAGAAUCCGCUCGCAAGCUGUACGCAACCUCGGCAUGCUCGGUCGCCGCACCGACUCUCCUGCCAACGAUCUCGUCGUCGUGUAAUACCCCUCUCGCCGACCUCAUGACUAUACCCCGGCCAUCCAUCUGUGUAAUACCACGUUUCCCCAUAAUUGUAUAAGCGUCCUUUGCAGAGGGGCACGCGAAGAUAGGAAAGAAAAGUUGUUUGAAGGGAAUCACCUGUCUCUACCCAAUAUUCAUAUCAGCUUGUGAUCAAGAGCAAGAAGAAGGGAGUGCUGUGCUUCAUUCUAUACCCUCCCGCAUUAUGCUCUAUUGUAUAUUAGUCGUCUUUGUUAGUUGUAGUAUCAGAUGGGCGUUCGUAUGUGAUGACAUUCAAUAUGUUGAUGAUACUUGAAUACAA